AUGAGCGCUAAAAAGGAGGCAGGGGAGGUCUUAUUACGCUGGUCACUUUUGGCGCCAAGGCAAUGGCCAGUGCAAAAUACAAAACGCAGAAGUUUCGUAGACGAAGAAUGUUUAAACUAUACAGUGUAUCCUGUGCAAUAUGAAUUAACAAUAAUACCUUAUUUUUUUAAAACUGGUGAUUCGUAUUACGAUUGCAACAUAGUGGUGACUAUAAUAGCAAAUGCACCGAAUGUUAGAGUCAUAGAAAUGGAUGCUAGAGAUUUGGAUAUAAGGCGUGAUUCUAUCAAAGUGCUCAACGGAGAUUUGGAUUUGGUAAACAAACAUAGACCUUACGAAGUCGACAAAGUCAGAGGCAAACUGUACAUUUAUUUAGAUGAUUCUUUAAAACAGUAUAAUGUACAUAAGACUCAAUAUUUAUUAAAAAUGUCAUUUAAUAAACGUUUGAAGAAAGAAAGCGAUGGAAUAUUUAUAUUGGAUUAUAAUGAAGACGGUACUACCAAAUAUUUGUACACAACACGUUUGUCACCGAACAAGGCGAAAUACUUCUUCCCCUGCUUCGACAACCCGCGCUUCGAGGCUGUCUUCAAAUUCAAAGUCUAUCUGCCGCCAUCUAGAAUAGAUAUACAAAACUCAAACACCAGUUUGGUAAUAUCUCAAGAGCAACGUCAUUACACGGCUAGUAACGACUACCAAAUAUACGAAUAUAUACCAUCACCACAAGUUGCGUUGUACCAAGUCGGUUUCCAUCAUUCGAAUUUCGGUAAUCGCCGAGUCGUAGCCACAAAAACAAAUGACACAUUAAUCGUUUGGGCUCCAAUAUCUACACUACAGAACUAUAAUUACAUACUCCAAUUCGGGGAGUCAAUUAUAAAUCUUAUCCAUGAGUACGCAACCGUCAAUCGACCGCUUGUGUACGGCCCGAUCAAUUUAGUGGCUGUACCAUCCAUCCUUAAUGGAUACGAGAUAGGAAGUUGGAAUCUCUUAACCAAUGGAGACAACAGACUUAUGUACAUACCUCAGGUGACCAGUAUAAAACAGAUGGAGCUGAUGAAAUUUGAACUAGCACAGCAGCUGAGCAGGAUAUGGCUCGGCAAUCCCGGUGAGCCCGAGAGGACGAGGUGGAAAGAGGAAUGGUUCAAAGAAGGAGUUGCUACAUAUUUAGCAUAUUAUUUGUUAGCUCAGUACAAUCACGAAGAUCAAAGUUUAGGACAAAGUUCAACAAUAGGUAAAUACGGCGUCGAGAUGAAGCACAAGGCGAUGUUAGUGGAUUGGUACCACAGUACGCCAGCGUUGGCAACUUUCAACAGAACACUGGCUAUCGAAAUACCUUCAAGGUACAAAAGCCUCGUGACAAUGAAGACCGCAUCAAUAUUAUGGAUGGUCGAGAAUUGGCUUGGAUCGGAAAAGUUUCAUAAGGCGUUAGUAAGAUACAUCAAUUCAAGGAGAGGGAAAUACAUAUCUUUGGAAGACUUCAUGAUAAAUUUGGAUCAAGACACGGUGGAAUGUCUUCAUCAGUUCUUUAACGGUUCAACUGCAUCCAGGGUCCUAAAGUCGUGGUUUCAUCAGGCUGGAUAUCCUAUUAUUAACGUACAGGUUCUCAGAGAUAGGAAUCCAAAUGUAAUUCUUCUUAAGCAGAGACAAUUUAGCUUCACAAACCUCAAUCGGGUGGAUUCAAACUAUUUGAUCCCAAUUUCAUAUAUAAUGCAAAACAAUGAGAAUUGCUUCAACUGCUACCAGCCUCGAUUCACCAUCGGUAUGCAGACGUAUUCCUUCGGAGAGAAUCUGGAUGGCGGCUGGAUAAUACUUAACAGGAAUGCCUCUGGAUAUUAUCGUGUCAACUAUGAUACUUACACGUGGAGACUUAUUGCGAAAACAUUAAAGGAAGACCAUCUUGCUAUUGACGAAUUGAACAGAGCUCAGAUUGUUAACGACGUAUUUGCGCUAUUUAGCGCUGGAGAUUUGGACGUAAACAUCGCGAUGACAGUUUUGGAUUAUCUCAAUGAAGAAUUGAGCGAUAUAGUUUGGGAUGCUGCUGUUGAUGGUUUCAAUUUGUUGAAGAUAGAUGGCGCUAAUUGUCAUAUGACAAAGACCUUGUAUCAAGAAUGGCAGGAAUUUAUGCGUUCAAAAGUAGCCUCAUUGUACAAACGACUUAUAGACAACCGCGAACAACGUCCGAACGUACGACUCUUCAGAAGUAUUAUUGUUGAUUUUGCCUGUACCCUCAGACAUCAGCCUUGCUUGAACUACAUGAAAACGACUCGUGCACAUCUUGAGAAACAGAGAAUUAAUCCAGAUUUUCGUGAAACGUUUUACUACGUACUUCAAAGUGAAUCAAAUUUAAAUUACGGCAGUGAAGGCCUAAAUCGUUGCGAAUUGGAGGAGAAAAUCAACGCAGAACACAAAUUGCGCGAACAAAACAGAUUUUUGUACAGAAUACCGACGGGAACUCCUCGACCACAGGAACUUGUACGUUCAACUACUGAGUUCGUGCCAACCACCGAAUCUUCGACAACUGCACAAACUUUAGUGGCAGAACCCGGAGGAUCUGCUUCGAUAAUGUCUUCCUUGUUUGUUACGAUCUUAUUAGUAACAAUAACUAUUAUUAUAAGAUAAACUGGAUUUAGCUAAAUUACUGGAUAAAUGGAAACGAAUUACUAAUUUCUGGGUUCAGAUUCUUUUGUUUAGUAUUUCUGAGGCGUAUGAUUUUCAAAUUGUGAGAUUUCCCAACGAAA